AUGGCGACUGCUGGGGCCACGAGUUUUCUUGACGCGCUGCGCAGCCGCUAUGGCGCCCCAGACGAUCGCGACUCGUACGCCCCGGACGCAUUUCUCAUCGGCGGCGGCCGGCGGGCGAAGUCGUGGGAACUCGUCGGGAUGGACGCGGCCCGCCGCCGGCAGGGCGACCACGCGCGCCUCGAGCACGUCGUCCUGCGGGCGAUGGGCGUCUCCGUCGGCGAGCACAGCCCCGGCGAAAUGGCCGCCGCCGCCCUUCACCGCCUGCGGGAAGUGGAUCUCUCGGAGAACCCCGACCUCCGCCUCCCAGAGGUUGCAGCCAUCGUUCAACACCUCCCCGCUCUCAAUGUACUGCAGCUCUCAGACACCCCAGAGCUGCUGCGCCAAGAAGAAAACGCCUCCGUGGAGGCACCGGGAGGGAGAGUGUUGCCGCAGGUUCUUGCCUCGGCACACUUGACCAAACUCGUUCUCCAUAACGUUGGACUUCGUUCCAUUUGGCAAUUACGUGCCUUGGUUGAUCUUCCAGCCUUGGAAGAACUCCAUCUUGAUCGAAACGGCAUCCAACGUCUCACCCUCUUCGCAGAUGGUGAGGUUAUACCCCCUAAUUACACAUCCACAAAAGAUGAGAAUAAUAAUAAUAACAAUAAUAAUAAUAAUAAUAAAGAAAAAAACGAACAAAAUAACGUUCAUGUAGAAGGCUUUUCUUGGUUUCCACACGUAACUACGUUAAGCUUAGCCCAAAAUGAGUUAUCAUCUUGGGGACCUGAAAGUGGUUUAAAUGAGGUGUUAACAACGGCAUUUCCGCUCCUGACGAGACUAUUUCUCACGGGGAAUCAUAUGCCAAACUUACACCCAUCUGAAGAUCUCAAGAGAGACGCAAAUGAUUACGCCUACCUUCAACCAUUAGAGCUUUUAUGUGUUAAAGAUAAUUCAACUAUCACUGACCCAUGUACACUGGACGCGUUGCGAGAACUGUGUCCACAUCUUCAUACUUUCCGUAUUACAUACAGUUCUAUAUUCCCACAAUGGAAUGAGACAUUGGGACGGAUGUAUGUUGUGGCAUCAUUACCUACUAUUACGACCCUUAAUAGAGGACAAGUGCGACCAAAGGAACGUCUUGAUUCAGAGAUAUUUUACAUACAACGUGGUUUGGCAACUUUGAAAGAACAAGAACAGCAACAACAACAACAACAACAACAACAACAAACGGCAGGUGCAAAACUUAGCUAUCCAUUACUGAAUGUCCUUCGAGAAAAGCACAAGGAUACUAUUCUCGCCAUUCACCGCGAUGGUGAAACGGCAAGUCAGGAUGGCAUUACGCACGUUAUGUUGCAUCUAACUAUCCGUUGUGAUGGUUUUGAGGAUGUAAAGAAAACAGUACCAAACUCUAUAACUGUAGGAAAACUCAAGGCGCUCGUACGUGUUAUUUUUAGCAUCGCCCCAUCCGACCAGCAACUGUCAUUUUUCACAGGUGAUAGUGGAGUAGUUGAACGGGGUACAGAGCUAGAUAACGAGAUACAAAGUCUUGCCUUCUAUGGGAUAUGUGAUGGAGCUGUUAUUCGGGUUGUUGAUACUUCUCUUCGACGGUGA